AUGGACCUCUCCAUUACACAUCCCGCCGACUUUCAUGUACACCUCCGCCAAGGAGCUCUAUCUGAGCUCGUUACUCCCCAUGUGCGUAAAGGGGGCUUUUGCACGGCGUAUGUCAUGCCAAACCUCAAACCUCCGAUCACAACCACAGAUCAAGCCUUGGUCUAUAAGGCUACUCUGGAAGCAAUCGAGCCCAAUGUCCAAUUCCUCAUGACUCUUUAUCUUUCUCCAGAACUUACUCCUGAUGAGAUCCGCAAAGCAAAGAAUGCAGGAAUAGUUGGGGUGAAAUCCUACCCUCGUGGCGUGACAACUAAUUCAGAUGGAGGUAUCGAAUCGUAUGAAACCUACUAUCCAGUCUUUGAAGUCAUGCAAGAGGUGGAUCUAGUGUUGAACCUUCACGGGGAGAUUCCAUCAAAUUCUAACAUCCACAUCUUGAACGCAGAACCCUCAUUUCUUCCACAUCUACAUAAGAUACACUCGACGUUUCCUCGACUCCGAAUUGUCCUCGAACACGCUACCACUCGAGCUGCGAUUGAGGCCGUAAAAGCAUGUGGGGACACAGUCGCAUGUACGAUUACCGUGCACCACCUAGAGUUGACGGUAGACGAUUGGGCUGGACAAUCGUGGAACUUCUGUAAGCCUGUGGCGAAGUAUCCCGAUGAUCGUCAAGCUCUUCGUGACAUCGUUAAAGAAGGCCAUCCAAGAUUCUUCCUAGGGUCAGACUCCGCACCUCAUCCCCCGCGCAACAAAUCUACCAGUACACCUUCGUGUGGCUGUGCCGCUGGCAUUUAUACAUCCCCGAUUUUGCUUCCUCUGACAGCUCACAUCUUGGAAUCAUUUGGGGCUCUCGACAGACUUGAAGGAUUUGUUAGCACGUUCGGCCGCGAUUUCUAUAAGGUACCAGCCAAUGCGAGUAAAGUCGUGUUGAAACGAGGAGUCAAUGGGGCAACUUUCUUAAUCCCCGAGGGAGGCUACACACUGAAGGACGAGAGUGUCGUUCCAUUCUGGGCAGGAAAGCAAAUCAAUUGGACGAUAUCCAAGUGA